GUCAGGAUCCGGCGCCUGUGAUUGGCUGAGCCGCACGUCAAUCACGGUCCGGGCUGGAUCAAGUUGCCCGGCCGCUUGUGUGUGUGAGUGAGCGCUGGAUGCGGCGGUUGUGAGUGCGAGCUCCGGCGCCGGACAAGAUGAUGAAGUUUCGCUUCAGGCGGCAGGGGCACGACCCCCAGAGGGAGAAGAUCAAGCAGGAGCUGUUCAGCUUCAACAAGACUGUAGAACAUGGCUUUCCCAACCAGCCAAGCUCUCUCGCCUUUGACCCGGUACUGCGGAUUAUGGCUAUCGGUGCGAAGUCCGGAGCUGUGAAGAUAUAUGGCAUCCCUGGCGUGGAAUUUACCGGACUGCACAAGGAAACCGCCACCGUGACCCAGAUGCACUUCCUGCCUGGACAGGGUCGGCUAUUGUCACUGCUGGAUGAGAAUACUAUCCACUUGUGGGAACUGCAGCAGAAAGAUGGCUGCUCGUACCUAGAGGAAACCCGCAGCUUCCUCCUCCCAGGACGGCCAGGGUUCGACUGCGCUAAUUCCCCUCCCAGUGUUACCCGUGUGACUGUGAUCUUGGUGGCGCCCUCCUGUGACAUCGCCGCCCUGGGGACGGAAGGAGGUGGUGUCUACUUUAUCCAGAUCCCUAGUCUGAAACUUUUGGAACAUCAGACCCUGCUGCAAGAGGAAAUCGUACAAAGCCUUCCAGAUGAAUUCCGAUGCGGUAAGACCCUGGGUCCAGUUGAGUGUCUGCAGCAGCAUCCACAGCAGCCAAGCAAGAUGCUCAUUGGAUACAGCCGGGGACUGGUGGCCUUAUGGGACCAAGAGUCUAGGAAAGUGGAGCAUCACUUUUUAGGCAAUCAGCAAUUGGAGAGCCUGUUUUGGGAGAGCGGUGGGUCCUCCUUCAUCAGCUCUCAUAGUGAUGGAGGAUACAUGGUGUGGGCCGAGAGCAGCAAUUCCUCCACAACGUCGCAGCCGGUCACCUCUACAAUACCAUAUGGUCCAUUUCCCUGUAAAGCGAUCAGUAAAAUCCAGUGGCAGUCCAGCAGCUGCGGAAAUCACUUCAUCAUAUUUAGCGGGGGCAUGCCUCGCGCCAGCUACGGGGACAGACACUGCGUCACCAUCAUGCAAGGCAAGAAUCUGAUCACCUUGGACUUCACCUCUCGAGUCAUCGACUUCUUCACUGUGUGUCCUGUCAAGAGUGAGGACGGUUAUGACAACCCUACAGCCCUGGUGGUCCUGGUGGAGGAAGAGCUGGUUGUCAUUGACCUUCAGACCCCCGGCUGGCCCACCAUCCCUUCCCCCUAUCUUGCUCCGCUCCACUCUUCCGCCAUCACCUGCUCCUAUCAUAUUUCUAAUGUCACGCUGAAGCUUUGGGAGCGGAUCAUUCUCGCCGGCGAGCAGCAGAACCCGCACUUCUCAUCUGCGAGCUGGCCCAUAGAUGGUGGGAAGAGUUUGUCUGAGGAGCCGUCACAGAGAGGACUUCUGCUUACAGGACAUGAAGAUGGCACCGUGCGCUUCUGGGACGCCUCUGGUGUGGCGCUGCGACCGCUUUAUAGACUCUCUACAGCUGGGAUAUUCCAGACAGACUGUGACCACAACGAGAGCUUGAACCAGAGCGGAGAUGAGGAAUGGCCACCCUUCCGCAAGGUCGGCUGCUUUGACCCUUACAGCGAUGACCCCCGGCUGGGCAUCCAGAAAAUCGCUCUCUGCAAGUACAGCAGCAAGCUGGUGGUGGCAGGAACCGCAGGGCAGGUUCUUGUCAUGGAUCUCAAUGACGAUAAAUCUGAUCACAUGGUUAGCGUGGCCACUGUUGACCUCCUACAGGACCGAGAGGGCUUCACGUGGAAAGGGCACGAUAGGCUGACCCCUAGAAAUGGCUCCUUGAUUUUCCCGCCUGGCUUCCAGACCUCCAUACUGGUGCAGUGCACGCCACCGGCCGCGGUCACCGCUGUCUGCUUACACUCGGAGUGGAAUCUGGUGGCGUUCGGCACGAGCCAUGGCUUUGUCUUUGACUAUCACCGACGAAGUCCCGUGCUGGCCAGGUGCACCUUACACCCCAAUGACUCCCUAGCCAUGGAAGGGCCCCUGUCCCGGGUCAAAUCUCUGAAGAAAUCUCUCCGGCAGUCAUUCAGAAGAAUAAGGAAGAGCAGAGUGUCUGGGAAGAAGAGGCUGAACACAGCGAGCCCCAACAGCAGGCUUCAAGAAGCGAAUGCACACUUGGCAGAACAGCCGGGUCCCCAUGACCUAGAUAUAGCACCUGUACAGAGAAGGAUCGAGCCUCGCUCUGCAGACGACUCCCUCUCUGGCGUGGUGCGCUGCUUGUAUUUUGCAGACACCUUCCUGCGAGAUGCUGUACAUCACGGCCCCACAAUGUGGGCAGGCACCAACUCUGGCUCAGUGUUCGCCUACGCUCUUGAAGUCCCUUCGAGGGAGAAGUUCUCGGAGCGCUGUACAGAGGCCGUGCUGGGGAAGGAGAUUCAGCUCAUGCAUCGAGCGCCGGUAGUUACUAUUGCCGUCCUGGAUGGAAGGGGAAACCCUCUCCCAGAACCCUUUGAGGUGUCGCGUGACUUGGCGAAAGCGCCCGACAUGCAGGGGACUCACUCUGUGCUUAUUGCUUCUGAGGAGCAGUUUAAGAUUUUUACUUUGCCCAAAGUCAGUGCCAAAACAAAAUUCAAGCUGACGGCUCACGAAGGCUGCCGGGUGCGGAAGGUGGCCCUUGCCAACUUUAUCAGCUCGGCGUCCGAGGAUUACUCUGAGAACUGCCUGACGUGUCUCACCAACCUGGGGGACAUCCACAUCUUCAGUGUCCCUGGGCUGCGGCCCCAAGUGCGCUACGACUGCAUCCGCAAGGAGGACAUCAGUGGGAUUGCGUCGUGUGUCUUCACAAAGUACGGCCAAGGAUUUUACCUGAUCUCCCCCUCAGAGUUUGAGCGGUUUUCUCUUAGUGCCAAGAAUAUCAUAGAGCCAUUGUGCUUGGUGGAGUUUGAUCGGCCCCACGAACCUCUGUACCUCAGCAAUAAGGAAACUUUGUCCCCCAAAACCAACCAAGCCAACGGCACGCACAUUGCCCGCGAGUGUGACUGCAUCCCGCUGGUAUCUGAAGCCAAUUCCUGUGAACACAGCAACAUGUUAUCGCCCUCUCCUCUGGACUCGCCCUUAAACAGCACCGACACCACGCUGGACACAACCGGGGACAUCACAGUGGAGGAUGUGCGAGAUAUGCUGGGAUCCAAUGAAGAGUCUGAGAAAAACAUGAAGAAUUCGUCAGAUGAGACGCGGCCCCCGGAGAUCCUGAUCAACUGAGGGUCUGUCUGCCGCCCCCUCACCUCUCCGACCUGGUUUACAUUUAAUUCUCAUCAUGGCUUCUUACCACAUUGGACACCAGCCCCCCUUUCCUGGAUUUAGUGGGCCCCCUAUACCUGGCUCCUUGACGUUGCCUUCUGUAAUGGUGGGCGAUCACCACCUUGUGCCUCAUUCCAUAAGUCUUGCUCUGCAUCAGUUGACUUCUAUGUGAUUCCGGAACGUCGCGGGGACGCAGGAAGGGGCCCCCUCCCCUACACAGACUCUUAGUAUUGCAGAAGCCUGACAUCGUAUUUUUUUAUAAAUAUAAAUUGCUCAUAGCUGUCGCAUAUGAUUGCUGAGCCUGGGGUGGGUGGGGGAGUGGGCCACUGGUCAUGUGACUUAUCCGGUGGUCUCGUUCUUUUAUAUGGACCUGCUGCUCUCUCUAUAUUGUGAUCGGCCUCUUGCACAAACAACCUAUUCACAUUGAACUAGUAGAGCCCUUAACCCAGCAAUAACUGGCACACUUUAUAAUACGGCAUGAAAAGCGAGCCCGGCGUAGUCCAUUCCCUGCUUGUCGACGACCAAACUUUUCUACCCGCCCCCGGCUGUGACGUGAGUGUGAUCUCCGGGCCAAAAAACCAUUACUAGCCAAGGACUGCGAAUUAUAAACAACUGUGAGCUAUGGGACCCCUGCAGCAUUUCAGGGGUUAAAUCAACUUAUUUUUUUUUUUUUUUUCUCCCUUUUGUGUCCAUUACACGAUUUUAGAUCUAUUUUUGUACACCUUUUUGCCUUCCAUUUCUGAGGCUAUUUUUUGGUACCGCUUUUUCUGUGAAUCUACGAAGAUUUAUAAUAAAGGGCAGGUCGAGAGAUAUGGGGGGAGGGGGGGCAAGUUCUGGUGGUGCGUGGCUCUGGAAGGAACUACUGGUCCCAGCAUGACGGUGGACGAGCAUGGCAUGGAGCCACAAGGGGGCGCGUACUUUGCUAACCUUAUUGUCUCUGACAAGAUUCUUUGAAGAAUUAUCCAAUUUACAUGGAUUUUAUUUUUCUGGUUAGGUUGUAAUCUUAUUUCAUUUUUUGUUUUAUUUUUUUUCUUUGUUCGUUUGGUUAAUUAUUAUUUUUUUUUUUUUUUUGUUUAGAUA